AUGCUGCUGCGCGGCGAGGCGGCCGCCGCCGCGGUGCGCUCUCUGGCCGCCGAGCUGCUCAGAGGCGUCGACCCCGACACGCCGCUUGCCGACGCGGGCCUGGACGUGGAGGCGGCGAUGCAGUUCGGCGUCCGGCUGCAGGCACUGGUGGGGGAGCUCCCGCCGACGGUGGCGCGCGACUACCCGACGCUGCGCGCGCUCGAGGUGUACGUCGCGAACCGCGAGACGACGGUCGCCGCCGGGGACGGCGGGUGGGGGUCGAGACUGCAGAGCUGGUGGGAGAGGGUGAAGGAGAGGGCGCUCGGGUAG